UUCUCCUUAGGCACGGAAGGGCUCGGCUUCCCCUGGUACGAGGUCAGGCCCGAUCGUCCCCAGCCUCUUCGGCUGUGAGUCCGGCGGCGAGCGCAGGUCCUUCCGAGCUGGGCCCGGUGACUGUCCUGUCGGAGUCUUCUCUUCCUCCUCCUCUAGAAGUGCAGUAAGAAGGGGAAGAUAAAAGACUUUUUGAUUCAUGAAGAAUCUGCUCACUGAGAAGUGUAUAUCAAGCCACUGGUUGAAUUUCCAUCAAAAAGUGAUUAAGCAGAAAUGGAGAAGUUUGAUUCCAGGUGAGUGUUUUAGGGAUGGUGCAGUUAAGAAACCUUAUUCUCCAAAGAUAUUGUCCAACAAGAAGUCUUCUGCCUUCUCUGGGAUCCAGAGGGAGUUACCUAGGACCAGUCGUCCAGUACAGUAUCACGCCUCACAUACUUGGACCCGUCGGGGUCAGUUAAGAGAGAUGCGCAUCAGGUGCAUGGCCAGAAAGUUCUUUUAUUUGUGGAUUCGAAUGACUUUUGGAAGAGUAUUUCCCUCUAAAGCCAGGUUGUAUUAUGAGCAGCGGACAGUAUGUAAGGUCUUUGAAGAAUGGAAAGAACAGUGGUGGGUUUCCCAGCGAGAGUGGAAACUCUGUGUUCGAGCUGACUGUCACUACAGGUACUACUUGUAUAACCUGAUGUUUCAGACCUGGAAGACCUACGUGCAUCAGCGGCAGGAGAUGAGGAACAAGUAUGUUAGAGCCAAGGACCAUGAUGCAAAGCAAAGGAUGCGACAGGCCUGGAAAUCCUGGUUGAUCUACGUAGUUGUUCGUAGGACCAAACUUCAAAUGCAGACCACCGCUCUGGAGUUUAGGCAGCGAAGUAUUUUCUGGAUAUGGUGGAGCAAGUGGAGGUGGCGACUAGGACAGGUCCGUGCAGGCCAUGCCCUCCAUGCCUCAGCUGUGAAGCACAGGGCCCUGAGCCUCCAGAUGCAGGCUUGGUCACGGUGGCAGGAACAGCUCCUGCACAGCCAGAGAGAGAGACGGAAGGUGAUCUCUGCAGUGAAACACCAUCAGCACUGGCAAAAGCAGAGAUCCCUGAAGGCCUGGCUUGAAUACCUGCAAGUCCGCAGAGUGAAGAGACAACAGAAUGAGAUGGCUCAGCAAUUCUACCGUGUCACUGUGCUGCAGAUAUACUUCUGUGACUGGCAGUGGGCCUGGAAGAGGAGGGAGAGCUUAUAUGCCCACCACGCCCUGGUGGAGGAGCUGGCCAGGAGAAUGGUCCUGCGCAGGGCCUUUACACACUGGAAACACUACGUGCUGCUUUGUGCAGAAGAAGCUGCCCAAUGUGAGACGGCAGAAGAGCACCGCAGGCAUAGCCUGCUGUAUUUUUGCUUUAAAGCCCUAAAAAACAAUGUGACCCAUGUGCAUCUCCAACAGAUAAGAAGGAAUCUCGCUCACCAGCAGCAUGACAUCAUGCUGCUGCGCAGGUUCUGGAACCUCUGGCAAUCUCGAAUUGAGCAAAGGGAGGAAAGAGAGCAGCUCCCCUUACUGCACGCUGCCUGGGACCACUACAGGAUAACAUUGCUACACAAGUGUAUCAAGUUGUGGUUACAGUAUACUCAGAAGAGGCGAUGUAAGCAGCUGCUACAGGCCAGAGCAGAUGGUCAUUUCCAGCAGAGAACCCUGACUGCUGUCUUCCACGCAUGGAAUAGACUUUGGCGAUGGCGCCAGAAGGAAAGUGUCCUUGAUGCAAGAGCAACACGUUUUCACAGGGAGACAUUAGAGAAGCAAGUAUUUGCUAUCUGGUGGCAGAAGAUGUUUCAGCAUCGAGAAAAUCACUUGGCAGAGAGAAUGGCCAUUCUUCAUGCGGAGCAGCAGGUUCUGCAUCGGUCCUGGUCCACAUGGCACCAGCAGGCAGCAACACAUCACCAGGAGCGGAAAUGGCAAGCAGUAGCCUGUGCCCACCACCGCCACAGGCAGCUCAGGAACGCUUUCUGCGUCUGGAGGCAGAGUGCCCAAGGGCAGAGAACAGAGAGGAUAGGCAGGGUGCGGGCAGCAGAGUUCCACUCGGCACAGAUCCUGCGUUGGGCCUGGAACAGGUGGAGAGAGUGCCUGGACCUGCAGGGAGCUGAACGGCAGGAGCUGAGGCGCGCAGACCUGCAUUGCCAGCAGACCUUGCUGCACAGGGUGCUGCAGAAGUGGGUGGCUUACCAGGGGAAGAGGCAGAGCGUCCUCCAGGAAGUGGCAGCCAGGGAGAGCCAGCAUAACAGGCAACUGCUGCGGGGUAUGUUACAUCGCUGGAGAGAGAACGCUGUGGCCCGUGUGGAUGAAGCCAAAAAAACGUCUCUAGCAAGUGCUCACUACAGAAGGGCCAUGUGUUCCAAGGUCCUGGUCCAGUGGCGGGAGGCUGCAUCAGUGCAGAUAUAUUACCAACAGCAGGAGGACUCUGCCGUCAGGGAGGCCCAGAAGGUGCUGGACAGGGGCUGUCUCCGGACCUGGUUUCGGCACUGGCGGGACCGCAGCCAGAGGUCAGCCCAGCAGAGAAUCCAGCUGGAGAGGGCAGCCCAGCACCACUGCCGGCAGCUGCUGCUGGAUGGGGUGGCCCGGUGGAAGGCGCACCAUCUGGGGUGUGUCAGGAAAAGGCUCCUGCAGAGGCUGGCAGCCCAGCUCCUGGUGCAGAGACUCAGCCAGGCCUGCUUCCGACAGUGGAGACAACAGCUGGUGGCCAAGAGGCAGGAGCAGCAGGCUACAGCGCGGGCCCUGUGGUUCUGGUCCUUCUCGCUACAGGCAAAGGCGUGGGCUGCGUGGCUGGGCUUUGUGCUAGAAAGGAAGAGGAAGAAGGCACGGCUGGAGCAGGCGGUGCAAGCCUACCACUGGCAGCUCCUCCAGGAGGGCGCCACGCGCCUCCUGCACUUUGCAGCUGACAUGAAGGCCUUCCGACAGCAGCUGCAGGCCCAGCAGCAGGUCCAGGAGGCCCACCGUCUCCACCGUGCGGUCCGCCGCUGUGCCACAGUCUGGAAACAGAAGGUGUUGGGCAGGGAGCCUCAGCCCCCAGCACCCAUCACACACAGCAGGAGAGUAACAUUUGAGGAUCCUCUUCACCACAUUGCUGCUGGGGCUGGGGAUGCUACCCUGGAGACCAAGAGGCUACGAGCUCCUUGGCCUCAGGGAGCUCGGGGCAGGUUGGCCCUGGCUGCUGGGGAGCCGCACCUGCUGGAGCUCAAUGCUGCCCGCUCGGCAAGGAAGCAGCCGCGACGCCCACACUUCCUACUGGAGCCUGUGCAGAGCCAGAGGUCUCUGGGGCAUGGCACCCUCAGAGAACAGGGGCCAGAGAAGUCACAGGAAUGUGACCUAGGCAUGGACCAGCCAGCAGGCCCUUCCCUAACCAGGCCCUUCCUGGUGAAGGCCCAGAUGGCACUGGUGCCAAGCAGCCUCUCGCCUGGGGCCCCGCCAAGUGCUGCUGGCCUGGAGCUGCUGCCUCCUUCCUCCUUCAUGCCCCGUGGGGCAGAAGCACCAGCCAGGGUGUCAGCACAGCCAACCACCCCCAGGCUUAAGCCCCAGGCUUCUCCAUCCCUGGCCAGUGUCCCUGAGCCCAAUCUGCUCCUUUCUGGGGACGUUACAGGCACCAGGGCUGCGCCUGGGCUUGACUCUGAACCUGCAGGCUGCACAGACCUUGAGGCUGAGCUUGAGGGGAUCCAGCAGCAAUUACAGCACUAUCAGACCACCAAGCAGAACCUCCGGUCCUACCAGCGGCAAGCUAGCAGCUUGCGCCGGUGGCUGGAGCUGAACCGGGAAGAGCCCAGGCCUGACGACCAGGAAGCGGAGCAGCAGGUGCAGAAGGAGCUAGAGGAGGCGGAACUGCAGAUCCAACAGCUGACUGAGGAACUUCAGGCCCAGCGCCAGCCCGUUGGCACCUGCAUUGCCCGCAUCCAGGCCCUGCGGCAGGCUCUGUGCUAGCAGGCUUGUCCAGGGAGGUGGGUGUUGGGCUGCGGGGCAGGCCUCAAGCACUGCCAGGAACAGAACACAA